AUAAAAUGGAUAUUCUGAUAAACCGUGGAUAAACUUUGACCCGUUCGUAGAAGGUUAGUUCAUAUAAUGCAGUGAUUGAUAUUGGAACAUAUUGAAAUUCAAAACCAAACCAGAAAAAUGUCCAAAAGACGGCGUUCAACCACUUCUGUUAAUGAGGAGAUGUCGGAAGUUUCAAAUGUAACACCGGUUUCUAUAACGAUCAAGAAGCGCAAAAGAUCGAUCCAAACAAUGGAUGUGAUAGACAUAUGCCAUGAAUUGUAUGAAACCAUCCGGAACCAAAAAGAUGAGAAUGGAAGACUAGUUUGUGAAGCAUUCCACAGAGCCCCAAAGAGGAGGUCGCAGCCAGAUUACUAUGAGGUCGUGAGCAGCCCAAUUGACAUGCUGAAGAUCCAACAGCGGAUACGCAUGGAUGAGUACGACACUGUCAAUCAAAUGUCAUCUGAUGUGGAACUGAUGAUAAGCAAUGCCAAGUCUUACUAUGUGAAAACAUCUCAGGAAUAUAAAGAUGCCUGCGACCUUUGGGAUUUGUUUGUGGAUCGUCUGAAUGAAAUGAUGCAGCAGGAUGGUCCGUCCGGAUUGAAAAAGACGGCACAGAAGGAAGCAGAAAGCUAUGAAAGAAGGCGGACGAGGAGUAGUUCCUUGAUGGAGGUUGCCCAGCAACAAGAGAAACCGGCACCAGUAGAGGAAGAUGCCAUAGAAUCAAGUGAUGAGGAGGUGGAGGAUGAGGGUGAUGUCAUCGAGGAUGACCAGGAGGAUAAUAAUGAUAAUGAUGAUGAGGUAGUAGGAGAAGAUGAGGAUUAUGAUGCUGGCCAAUCAGAAACCACUUCAGUGCAGGGCUCUGAUUUUGCUAUGGAGAAUCCAGACAGCCUCCUAGAGCAACUAUUCACCGCUGUCAUCAUGCAUAGGGACACCACCGGUCGCUAUGUUAGCGCCCUCUUUAGGAAGCUGCCUAAACCAGCACAGUUCCCGGAUUACUAUGAAGUCAUCGAUCAUCCGAUUGACAUGAAAGAUAUGGCGAAGAAGAUACGUAGUGGAAAGUACACGUGCCUGAAUCAACUAGUUGACGAUAUGAACCUAAUGGUACGGAACGCCAAGACAUUCAACGAACCUGGAUCCCAGGUGUAUAAGGAUGCCUGUACGCUGAAGAAGGUGAUCAUGUCGAAAGCAAAGGAGCUUGAACGUCGCAAGGAGUUGAUGGGGGUUGAGACAAAGACCAAGUCUUCUGAGAGAAUCAAGAAAAGGAGAAGCAACUUCAAUCAGGAGGCUGAGGAUCAAGAACAGCCAGAGAACACCUCUGCCAUCGACAUGGCUCUAGAUCUCCCAUCAGAUGGUGAGGAGGAACCAGAGUCUUCUUACACACCAAUGCAGUACGAGGAAGGUGAUGAAUGGGAUUCCGAGAGCUUCUUGAUGGAUUCCAACGAUGCGUUACAUGUGCUUUUUGAUGUCAUUGUGAAACAGAAGAAUGCGGCAGGCCAUCUGAUCUCAGAGCCUUUCUAUCGUCUGCCAAGUAGGAGGCAUUAUCCUGAUUAUUAUGAAGAGAUCAAGAACCCAAUGGCACUAGGGAAGAUCAGAGCUAAGUUGAAGAGUGGUAAAUAUGAUUCCCUAGAGGAUCUAGGCCAUGAAAUGGAUUUGGUUUUUGGCAAUGCCAAGCAAUACAACAAAUCAACUAGCCGCCUCUACAAAGACGCUGACAAGUUGCAAAGGCUGCUACAUAUCAAAAAGAGAGAACUACAGAAGCUAGAUAUGAAGAGGGAACUCGAGGAUGAUGAGGGGUUUGUUAAGAAACAGCGGUUGUUUAAACGGGAGGAGGGCGAUGGGGACGACAGGGAUAUCAUGAAACAAAGAAUGCUACAAAUCUGUGACAAAUUAGCCAAAUAUCAGAAUGAGCUUGGUAGAUUUCCUAUUGAACUGUUUGUGGAGAAACCCUCCAAGAAGCUGUAUCCGGACUACUACCAAGUGAUCACAGAACCAAUCGACCUUACAACAAUCAGGAAUGACAUAGAAGCUGAAAAGUAUUCAAGUGAAGAAGCUGUAUUGGAUAGUUUCCAGUUGAUGUUCAACAAUGCCAGGCUGUACAAUGAAGAGGGCUCCCUUGUCUAUCAAGAUGCAAACCUUCUGGAAACGAUUUUGAAAAAGUAUUACAGAGAGUUAGGCCCACUCCCUGGUAAACCCAAAUAUGGAAGCCCAAAGAAAGCAUCUCUUGCCAACUUGCCCAAAGGACCAGCACCACUUUCCCAGAAGCUGAGUUCACUGUAUGCUGUCAUCAGAGAUUACAGGGAUUCUGCCCAGAGAGAAUUGGCUGUACCUUUCAUUCGCCUGCCAUCUAAAAACGAGUACCCAGAAUAUUAUCAAGUAAUUAAGAAGCCCAUAGACAUGCAACGCAUCCAACAACGGAUGAACAGUAAACAGUAUGAAACCAUAGACGACAUGGUCAAUGACUUUCUCCUCUUGUUCGACAAUGCUUGCAAAUUCAACGAGCCCGACUCUUGGAUAUACAAGGACGCUCUGACCCUCCAGAGGGAGCUGUUGCGAGCUAGACGCGAACUGACGGGUAAUGAAGUGUCCGGUGUACCAGAAGUAAUGGGCAUGGUGCGAGAAAUUCUAACAAGUUUGUUUGUGUCAGUCGCCAAUCACCAAGAUGAAGAAGGCCGCUGUUAUAGUGACUCGCUAGCUGAAAUACCAAUGGAGAAAAAAGAGGGGGAAGAGACAGUUGAAAAGCCAGCUCAAGAAGAGCAAGAUCCACCUGCUGAAACUAAAGAGAGUGUGCCCUCUUCAUUGGAUCUAGAUACACUACGUAAAUUUCUAGACCGAGGAUGUUUCCGUAGAUUGGAUCGUUUCCAGGAUGGAGUGUUUGAGAUUUUUGAACAAGCUAGGAAGCUUUCAAGGACAGACUCUCAGUUGUAUGAAGAUGUCGUUGAACUCCAAAAGUUCUUUAUCACGAUUCGCGAUGAGAUUUGCAAGAAUGGUGAGAUCUUGUUAUCACCUGCUCUUAGUUACACACAUAGGCACUUACAAAACGCUCUGGACAAGGAGAAGAAAGAGAAGUUACCAAAUGAGUUGAAAGAAGAUGCAGAAAAGAGGGAAGAAGAUGAUGGGGAACAAGGUGAAGAUGGCGAGGUGGUCAAGGCAGGGGAGGAAGGGGACCCUGAGGGGUUAGUUGUUCAGGGUCAGACGUACAAAGUUGGAGAUUUUAUCUACGUAGAACCAAGUGAGAAGAAUCUGAAGCCACACAUUGUUUGUAUCAACCGUGUAUGGAGGGAUGACGAUGGUGAGAACUGGUUGCAUGGCAACUGGUACCUGCGUCCAAAUGAAACAUUCCACCUGGCUACCAGGAAGUUCCUCGAGAAGGAGGUUUUCAAAAGUGACUAUUACAACAAGGUAAAAUUCAACAAGGUGGUUGGUCGAUGUUUUGUCAUGUUCGUCAAAGACUAUUUCAAAAACAAGCCAGAGGGGUUUCCCGAGGCUGAUAUUUACGUCUGCGAAUCUCGGUACUCUGCUAAAGCCAAAGCUUUCAAAAAAAUAAAGAUUUGGUCACAAACAGCUGUAAAUAGUAAAUUAAUACCACGUACUGACAUACCUUCGAAGGUUCGUGUUGCGUCGGUGUUCGCAAACCAGGUCAGUAACGAAAAGAAAGAUGAUGAAGAUGAAGUAGUAACAGUAUUUGAAAAAAUCAGAGAGACUGUUGAGUGUGAAGUUUUAAACACGGAGGAAGGUUGUAAAUACUACGAGCAAAUGAGGUUUGAGGGCAUUUGGUACAAGCUUGGCGAUCACGUUUUCCUGCGCUCGGAUCAACUUCGGCCGUUUAUCGCAAGGAUCGACAAAAUGUGGUUGGAUGCCAAUGAAGAUCCUUGGUUCCACGGUCCCUGGUUUGUGCACCCGUCCGAGACGGAACAUCCACCUACUCGGAUGUUUUAUAAGAAUGAAGUUUUCCUCAGUUCAAUUGAAGAUACGAACCCUAUGAGAAGCAUCAGUGGAAAAUGCGCAGUGUUGGGUCACAAGGAUUAUAUCUCAUGUCGUCCAACUGAAAUAGCCGAGGAGCAUGUGUUCAUUUGUGAAUCGCAGUACAAGGAAGCAGAGAAACAGAUCCGAAAGAUCAAACACCUAAAGAGGUUCACCUCCCUCUCCAACAAAGUUAUUGACGAUGAGAUUUACUUUUUCAAGAAACCGAUCACGCCUCUCAAGGAACCGUCCCCGCUACUGAAAGCCCAAGAGGAUGAGGAGGAAGAGGAUAAUGAUGAUGGAGAAAUUGAAGAUGGAGAGUCGCACAUGGGGGAAAGUGAUACAGGCGUCGAUUCUGAAAGUAUCACUUCAACCCCAAGAGCAAAGACAAAAUCUCGCCACGCAAGUGGUUUUAUUUUGUUUGCAAGCGAAAACCGACCAGGUGUCAGAAUAGCCAAUCCCAAGUGGUCUUUUGGGGAGAUCAGUCGUGAUAUAGGCCUGAAGUGGCGAAAUCUAACGCCAGAACAGAAGGCAACGUAUGAGGAGAGAGCAUCAGAGUGGGCCGAGGCUCGGGCUGCUGAAAAAGAAGCCAACAUUCCUCUACCGUCAGCUGGUUCCGUUUGUAUUUACGAGUGCCUCUGGGAAGGCUGUGACCAUCAGUACGAGGACCGCAUGGAUCUACAAACGCACACAAUAGAAUUGUCUGGACAUAUUAAAAACACUGGUGAGAAUGGCGAGAAGCAAUUUGCAUGCAAGUGGAAAAAUUGCCCAAGAUAUAAGAAAAAUCAACCUUUCCCUGUGAUGGGACGUCUAAUCCGUCACUGCAAGGAAGUUCACAUCCGGCAUGCAGCCAAGUAUGUUUUCCCCUCGCAGAUCGGACGCAACUACUUCUCCUGUGAGAGUGUCCAGAACGGCUUGAACAAUAUUCCUCCUGGACAGAAUGCAGUAAUGGGCAUCGUGGGUCCGCCCACACCAGUAGGUAUGGCAGCCCGUCAGAUCUACCCCAGCCUUAACCCAGCGUUACAAGGUCAAAUGCAAGGCUAUCCUCAACAAGGCAUGACAGCACAGUGGCACCAAACCCCCGGGGGACAGUGGCAGCAACAGAUGCCACAGCAGCAGCAACCUGGCCAGUUCAUGUCACCAGGUCAAGUGCCACAGCAGUAUCCCAUGAAUAUGAUGCCACAAGGCAUGGUACCACAACCAGGACAGAUGAUGCCACAAGGUAUGAUGCCAUACGACCAGUCUCCAAUGAUGAUGCCUCCUCAUCCGCAUCCUGGACAUCCCCCUCCUCUACUUCAUCAUCCUCCACCUCCUCCUCCUCAAAUGCUAGGCCCUCAGCCUGUACAACCGCAACAACAACAACAACCUUAUCAAGGUGUUCCAAUGAACCAGGCCAAUGUACAACCUCAGGCACCACCUCAGCCAUUAUUUGUUGCCCCACCCCCUAAAACUCAACGAUUAUUGCAUUCCGAGGCCUACAUUCGAUACAUUGAAGGACUAACCCCACAGAAAACAAGUGUUGGAGACUGGGAAAGGAAUCUUUAUAUUCGACCCGAACACCUGCCACCAGUUUCAGACCAGAGAGUGCGCAAUGUUGGACAGUGGCUCGAAAAUAAACCAGCAGAUGGUGAUAUCACCAAAGCACUGUGGAAACUGCGCGACUAUAUGUUGAAUGAUGCUUUGAGGAUCGACCGUGCUUACGAAUUUGAAGAAGAUGAACCAAAACAUAGAGAUGAUGACAUCAUAAUUGAGGUGCAGCGGUGACCUGACAGAUACAACAUCUAAAAAAUAAUAAAUUAUUGUGUAUAAAUGUGUUUGUUUCAGUGUUAACAUGUUUACUAGAUAUUUAAAAUUGUGGCCAGCUUUUUGUACUUGUUUUGGGACAGUAGGACAGUAUAGGUGUUCUGUCAUAUUCCACUUUUGUAAAUUUAACUCUGUACACUCUUUAUGACAAAUCCUUGUGAUUUGCCCAUAUAAGUACAUGAUAUGACAUCAUCAUGCCCAUGUAUGCAUGUGAUGUGACAUCAUCAUGCCCAUGUAUGCAUGUGAUGUGACAUCAUCAUACCCAUGUAUGCAUGUGAUAUGA